ACGCGGUAUUGUAGUGCCAUCUUGCGCCAGCUUUAAUGUAUUAUACGGAAGUCACGUUCCCUCCAUACCAGAAACUACGAAGUGGAAAAAGAAAUAGCAGAAUAAGGACGUAAAUAGGGUUUCGACGCAUCGAAAAGGAUAGAAAACGAAUAUUAAGUUGAAGCGAGAGAAUAAAAACGGAGCAAUAGAAAGCAGGAGAACAAGUGCCUUCUGCUGAUCAACGGUGUAGCAAAUUAUUCGAUAUUUCUCUACAUUGUCUACAACAAGCAUUUUACGAUGCCUAAUAUCAAGCUACAAAGCUCCGAUGGUGAAGUCUUUGAGGUUGAUGUCGAUAUUGCAAAAUGUUCUGUUACGAUAAAAACCAUGUUGGAAGAUCUUGGAAUGGAUGAGGACGAAGAAGAAGUUGUUCCUCUUCCAAAUGUUAAUUCUGCUAUUCUCAGGAAAGUGAUACAAUGGGCAACUUAUCAUAAAGAUGAUCCACCUCCUCCUGAAGAUGAUGAAAACAAAGAGAAACGUACUGAUGAUAUAAGUUCUUGGGAUGCAGAUUUUUUGAAAGUUGAUCAAGGAACAUUGUUUGAAUUAAUUUUGGCAGCUAAUUAUCUUGAUAUUAAGGGAUUGUUAGAUGUAACAUGCAAAACUGUUGCUAAUAUGAUAAAAGGUAAAACUCCAGAAGAAAUUCGGAAAACAUUCAAUAUAAAAAAUGAUUUCUCUGCAUCUGAAGAAGAACAAGUUCGCAAAGAAAAUGAAUGGUGUGAAGAAAAAUAGAUUAAAAUAUUCAUAAACAUUUGAUUUCUUGAUUUUUGAAAAAUUCAUUUCCAGUGUGUUCAAAAAUUUAAUAGUUAAUACACUAUUUGCAUUGUUUUAGAUAAUUCAUAAGAAUGGUCACAAUGCUUUACUUAUAAUACUUUCAAUGCACCAAAUAGUGAUUACAUUAUAUAAAUGGAUUAUUUCUUCCAAGAAAAAGUUGUAUUAAUGUGUUUAUUGUUUAUUUAUUUCAAAUUUCUAGUACAAUAUCAAAUAAUAUUAUAUUAGCGUAUAAUAAUGAAAGUUUAACAAACAAAUUAUCAUUUUAAUAAUUAUUAUUGGAAGUUAGGAGUAUAUUAGAUCUGAAUAAAAAUUGUGUUUCAUUU